AUGGACAGAAAUAUAGCAGUUCAAUUUGGAUGGAGAGAGCAACACACGACUGCAGUAGUAGGAGAUGUCCUGUACUGCUGGGGAGGGUACCAGAAAGGAUUAGAUGCGUCGCACGAUUCUCCUACCAAGAGAAAGUGUACUUCUGCUAUUGAUGCGUUUAACUUAUUGUCUGGUGUUUGGUCCUCUCAACCUACUAGAGGUACUCCUCCAUUGGGAAUCAGAGGAGUCUCCUGUACCACCAUUAAUAAUAAUAUUUAUUAUUUUGGUGGUUAUUGUGGCCAUGGAAGUUGCUACCAUAACAGUUUGAACUAUUUAGACACUUUAACUCUUCAUUGGAAAGAAUUGCAACCAACUAGCAACUAUUCUGUAACUAAGAGAGGCUUUGGUGGCAUGAUAGCAAUGGAAAGUGAAGGUAAACCUCAACAAUUACUGGUUAUCGGUGGACUGGCUCCUAAAUUAACUACUACACAGCGUCACUAUCAGUUUAGAUACAAGAAUAUACCUGGUCUUGAUGAUCGUCUUAGCACUAAUGAACAGAAUAUCUACAACCUUUCCAGUCGUAAGUGA